AUGGUAGCCACGGCCCCCCACGCCCCCUGGGACCCCCCGCCCUCCCCCCCCAGCAACGGCGGGGCGGCCUGGCCCGGCAUCUGGCCGGAGCGGUGCAGGGAGCUCAAUUUAUAUCCGAGGCUUCCCUUGGCGGGAGGGAGACUCCACCUCCGGCCGGGCCCGCCCCCUUGCAACUUGAGCCUGGAGGGAUGCCCCGGCCGCGGGGGCCACAGCCUCAGAAAUCAGGAAUCCCGGGCCCGGGGCGGGUGGGCGCCGGCGGCACGAGGGCGGGGCCGGCCCGGGCGGUGGGUAGUGCCCGUGGGCCGGGCCGCCUUAGCCAGCUCCGAGGGGGGCGGGGGGACCCCGGCCGGGGUUGCCUCCCAGGACGGCGAGCAGGACCUGGGACCCAGGUGUGUGCGGGUGGAGAUCCUGCAGGGAGUGCGGUGCCGGCGAGCUCCGGCCCCAGCAGCCCGGCCCCGGCCCGCGCCCCUCGCCGCGCACCUGAGCGGAGCUCUCCAGCGCCCGCCGCGCCGCGCCGGAGCCUCGGUUCGCUUCUUCCCGCGCGCCGCCGCCGCCGCCGCCGCCAACGCCGCCCCCGCCGCCGCCGCUCGUGCGGGGCCGCUGCCCAGGUGCCGCCGGGGCCCGGGUCCCCCCGGCCGCCGCUCCGCCGGCCCCGGCUCCCGCCCCCCGGGGCACGCGGGCCGGCAAAGGAGCAACUUCGGGUGCCCGCCGCCUCUCCCCGUCCGCCCGCGGGCUCCGCCGCUCGCCUUCCCGGAGCCCGCUCGCCCGCUCGUCUCCCGCGCGCGCUCACACUCGCGCCUCGCACACGGCCGCCCCCCGCACGGCCCCGCCACGCACACCGCGCCCGGCGCUCCCCGCCGCCGCCCGAGCCCGCCGCGCGCCGCCCCGGCCGCGCCCGCCCCGUCCCAUCGCGGCCCGGCCCCGCGCCUCCGCUCCGGGUCAGCGGCCGGGAGCCCGGCGGGCGGCGCGGAGGGCAGGGCCCGCGGGCCGGGGAGCGCCGGGCGCCGCGGACGGGAGCGCCGGAGAGAGCGGCGCCGUCCCUGCGCCCAGCCCGCCCGGGAGCGCUUGGGGCGCGGGGCGCGGCGGGCGGGCGCGGGGCGCGGCGGGCGAGGGCGCGGGGCGCGGCGGCCCCGGCGGCUCUCCCACUAG